GGAAAAAAAAACCCCAACCCAUAUUCGGCAGCUUUAAAGAGCUCGACAGCAAAAUCGUCAGCUCUACCAGGUUUAUUGGACAAAAGUUUGGAUACAAAUUUCUUCACUUCAUCCAGGUCGGUUUGACGAAUAUAUUGGCUUUUAUUUUAAUGUUGAAUUGUGCAAUCUGCCUUAAUAGAGAUUGAAGAAGUUGGACAUCGAUUACGUGAAAUGGAAAAAACUAUAAACCCAAUACAAAAAUCAACCCGUCCAGUGCGUAAUCGGCGCCACAGUAGGUUCGUCUUGGAUUGUUGUGUGACCAGAUUUUAUUUACAAAAAAAAGCAAACAUUUAAAACUGUUUGAAGAGCAUGGCCGCCAGAUGACACACAUCGUCCUUUGAAACGACUUUUCACACCCGACAUCAAACGAAUGCUAAAAGACUGGCUAAUACGCCGAAGAGACAAUCCAUAUCCAAGUCGUGAUGAAAAACGAACCCUCGCCAUUGAAACAGGCCUGACUUACACUCAAAUUUGCAAUUGGUUUGCCAAUUGGCGAAGAAAACUAAAGAACUCUAAGCGUGAACGAUCGAAAAAAUCCUGGGGGCACCUGAUCAAAAACUACAAUACAAAUGCCAGAGGCAAUGUUGAACAAUUUAGCAUAUCUUCAGCGGAUAGUAUUUGGGAAGAUGAUGGACACGAAACUGAGAAUUCCAUGCUAUUUUCAUCUAGCGACGAAGAUGAGCUAGAAACUCAAGGACGUCACAUUCAACAAUCUGGCUAUAUUCAAAACAAUAACUCAAUUCACAGUUUAAAUCGAAAUAUCACCUAUGUUCCUAGUGGAUUCUACUUAGAGGCUCCAUUUAAAUAUCCCGCCAAACAACAGUGCUUCCAAAUAAGCUCAACGACUGAGGAUUCUCUGAGGUCCGAUAAAUUAAUGUCUACAAAUCCAGCAUUUGCCCCAAGCACCAAGUACAAGCAACAAAUUAUGGAGAAAUACCUGCGCGAUACAACUACCGGAGAUAAAUCAUCUUCGUCGGCGACAAGCUGCAGUCCUGAGCUAUCGAAAUGGCUUGAGAGUGCUGCCAAAUUUACACCGAAUAAAAAUAAUUAUUUUAUUGAAUGGAAUGGUAAAAGAUGUAAGGCUGAUAAAAAUAGUUCCAGAGAUCCAAAGACCCAUCAUGUUUAUGAUACAAUUCAUCAAAAAGAUGAAAUCGAUGCUGCAGAAGCUCUAGCAAAUUUGGCAUUUAAUUGCCGACAAAGAAUGAUGGAAACUAGUCAGCAGCGAGUUGCACCAAAUUGUUGACACUGCAGAUGAGGCAUAAGAUCAUUCCAGAUCGUGAGUUAGUUGAAAUUAGCCAUGUUUUUCGACUGGUGCUAAAAUUGUUUGUUUAGAGAAAUUCUUCAAUCCGAAACAAUAAAUUUAAUUUAUAAUUCAGUAAAAA